GCCGGAACAAUGGGGGCAGUGGGGGCAAUUGCCCCCACAAAAUAAAUACUGUAGGGGCAAGGCCCCCACGACUUCAUGGCCUAAUUAUAUUUACAUUUAACCCACUAUACCUAAAUAUUAUUCUAUAAUUUUGUUCAGCAAGUAAUAUAUUAUAUCUAUUAGUAAUUUAAAAUACUAAGAAUACACAUUGCACCGAGGCUCUGAGAGAUUGGAAAAAUAACCGGGAAAAUCCAAGAAAUGCUGCUAUGGCAUGCGCGUCGCACUUCUAUUAUUAUAUUGUCAAACUAAUGUGAAUAUAUUAUUCAAUCGCAUGCAAUUCUUAUCGCCGCAGUCUUUGCGACAAUAUCGCGUUGCGUGUGUGAGAGAAGUUCUAUUCCUGAACAUUGGAAAAACAGACGUGAUAAAAAUCGCCAGUUUCGUCGCGCCGUAUUAUUAUAAAUUUUUAUUUGCGUAAUUUUGUUUAUUACUUGUGCGAGAGACUAGAAUAAUUGUGAAAAAAAAGUAAGAUUUAUUUUAAAAUUUCAAAUAUACGUGUCAUAAUAAUUAUUAAAUAACUACAUUUUAUUUGCUAUUACAUUUUAAGACUCAUUUGAUUAGGAUGAAGCGUCAUCGAGUCUCUACAAUAACACAUUUUUUUAAAAAGUGUUCAAAAACAGUUGAAGAAAAUGAUUAUGAUAAAGAAAUUAACGUAGACGACCCUGGUAUUUUCGAGAUUCCGUCAAAACAAACGACAGUUGAAGACAAUGAAAACAGAAACAAACAAUUAGAACAAUUAGCAUUAGAAAUCAUCCCCAUUUAUUCAUCUACAUCACUACCCAUAACAGAAACAAAAACCUCUAAAGUUAAUAUUUAUUUAACUGAACAAUUUAUUCCCAAAAAUGAUUUUGUAUUCCCUAAAACAAAUGGAAGAUCAUGUCAGUUGAAAUGGUUCAAUUCGUUUAGUUGGCUUCAUUAUGUGAAAGAAAAAAAUGUUGUUUUAUGUUAUCCGUGUGCUUUGGCCAGUCAAACUAAAAAAACAAAAAUAAAAAUUCAUGGGCAAGAAUCGUUUAUCGAUACUGGAUUUCAAAAUUGGAAGAAGGGCACUGAGCGGUUUUCUAUACACGAAAAAAGUGAAAACCAUAGAGCAUCAAUAGAAUAUUUAAAUUUUCGUAACAACAAGCGUCCUGUUAUAUCUUUAAUUACUGAACAGUCUUUAAAUGAACAAAAAGAAGCUCGUACAGUAUUUAAAAUUGUUAUUAGCUCUAUUCGUUACUUAGCUCGUAGCGGUCAAGCUAUUCGUGGUGGUACAUGGGACUCUGGAAACUUAAUUUAUUUAUUACAAGAGCGUUCACUUGAAAAUCCUGCACUAAAAAUUUGGCUUGAAAAACGAAACAAUUGGUUAAGUGGGGAUAUUCAAAAUGAGUUACUUGAAACUAUGGCGCAUUUUGUUUUACGGAAGAUUAAAAAUUCAGUUCUAAAAAGUCCAUUUAUGGCCAUAAUGGCUGAUGGCACUACAGAUAUUUCUGGUCAGGAACAGUUUAGCAUUUGUUUUCGUUUUUUAAAUACAAUUUCUUUAAAUAUAAACGAAAUUUUUGUGGGAAUGUAUAAUCCUCCAAGUGGAAAUGCUGAAACAUUAUUUUCUUGCAUCAAUGAUUUAUUGACACGUAUGUGUCUUAGUUUUGAAAAUGUUAGAGGACUUUGUUUUGACGGAGCGGCAACUAUGUCUGGUCAUAUAAGUGGAGUACAAAAGCGAAUUUCUGAUGUACAACCUAAAUCUAUAUUUAUCCAUUGUUCAAAUCAUUCAUUGGACUUAGCAUUGAGUGAUACUAUUAAAACUGUAGAUUUUGCUAAUGAUGCUCUAAAUUUAAUCAGAUUUGUAAGCAAUACAAUCUUAGAUUCAUCAAAACGCAAAAACAUAUUUUCUGGUAUUGUUCUUUCGACUAACUUAGAUGAAGAAAAUGACUAUACAACUGAAAAUAUACCAGGCAUUAUUCCUUUUUGUCCUACAAGAUGGACAGUCCGAGUAAAAGCAGUUAAUAGAUUUAUAGAAAAUUAUGAAAGGGUUCUUUUAACAGUACAGGAAAUUUUAAAAGAUUCAAAUUCAAUUAGUAAAGAUAGACGUGCAGCUCUCCGCGGAUAUGAGACGAAACUUUGGAAGUUUGAAACUGUUUUUGCUCUGGAAUCUUUGUCUUUAAUUUUGGGUCCAUGUGAGCAGUUAGCUAAAGCUUUGCAAAAUAUAUCAUACACUGCUAUCGGAGCCAAACAUUCAUCAGAAUUGUUAAUAAAAACUCUAACAUCGUUACGUAAUGAUGAUGUUUUCAAUGAUACUUGGAAUAAAACCAAACAAUUGGCCGUACAUCUUAACCUUACAAUGCCGAAAAAUCCUAGAGUUUGUAAGCCCCCCGCCAAGCUUGAAUAUUCAACUACACGCACACCUCCAGCCAACAUCAACAAAAAAGUUGCUUUAAGAAAAGAAUUUUUUGCUUUAAUUGAUUGUUUGUUGAACGAAUUAAAUGAAAGAUUCACUCAGUCUGGGUUAGACAAAGUAGUAUCAAUGGAAACUAUUUUGAUUCGUUCAAUCAAUAGAGAUAAAAUUGAAAUAAGUGAAAUAAAAAAACUUCUCGGUCUUCACGUAACUGAUUUUAAUGUAGAUCAAUUAGCUGCUCAAUUAAUAAUGCUUCCCAAUAUUUUAAAUUCUGAUAAUCCCUCAGCAACAAUAAAAUAUAUUGUUGAAAUAUUUAAAAUAUUGCCAGAAACGUCACGUCAAUUGAUGAACCAAGUUGAACGGCUUAUUAUACUGUUAUACACAAUACCUGCAGCAUCAGCCACACCAGAAAGGUCAUUUAGUGGGCUCAGGCGUUUAAAAACCUAUACACGUUCAACUAUGAGUCAAAAGCGUUUGACUCAUUUAUUACUAUUACACUUAAACCAAACUAUUUUGUAUGAGAUUUCCUUGGAUGAUAUCCUAAAAGAGUUCAUUAGCCGUACAGCAGAGAGAAAAAGUGUAUUUGGUAAAAUGUAAAUUAUUCAUUAAAAUUUAAACUGUAUAUUAUAUUUAUUAAUAUUGUAUAAUAAAAUAUAGUUAUGGGAUUUUUGUUUAAAGAUUGUACAACAAAGAAACUGUGCAUGUGAAAAAGUUAAUUACAACUGUAAUUUGUAUUGUUAAUAAAUUUUUAUACCUACAUGAUUUGAAUUUGUUUAAUAAAUAUUUGUAAGAAAAAAAUUUAAUUAUACCUUCCUUAUUAUUAUUAAUUAUACCUAUUCCCAGCAUAGGUGGUGUAAAAAUUGGGGAGAGGUGAAGAUUAAGCACCAAAAAUUAAACAACACUAUUUUUGCUCUUAUGCCCUCUAGAAUAAAGCUUAAAAUAUUUUGCCCCCACAGCAAAAAAAUCGUUCCGGCGCCCCUGCUGGGGUGCUUAUUAAAGUACCUUCGGAUAUUGCUAAGAUAUUAAUUUGGAAAUCAGUUAAACUCCCGUCAGAUAUUUCUGAUAAAGUUGGCGUGAGACAUGUCGUAAGUGGGUUGAAAUUUUUAACUCCAAGUAUAGUGAAAAGACAGUUGAUUCGACUGAGAAAAAAAAUACCAGUCGCAGAAUGGAAGUUCGAAUUGGGCGAUACUGUCUACACAAUUGCCACUGGAUCUUUUGGUAUUAAGGCUUACAAAACAAAAAAAGGUCUAAUAUCAAAUUCAGCUCAACCUGUUCGUAAAUCAAAUGGAAAGGUAUCACGCGCUUUUCGUAAAUCAAAGGCAAAAUUAGCAGGCGCUUUUCGAAAAACAAAGUUUAGGAAAAUGUAUAGUAAUUCAAAAUUUAAAUUUAAGAACGCGUUUAAAAAGAUAAGUAUACCAAAAGGUUUGAAAAAUUAUUUUAGUAGAUUAACGAAAAGAUAAUAAAUUUUAGUUUUUUUCAUAUAAUCUUCUUCAUUCGUGACGAGUGUAUCCAUUUUAUUGUAUUUAUUUUAGAUAUAUAUUACUAUAAUAUGAACCUUAAAUGUAUAUGAAGUAUGAAACACCAAAUAAUAUUAUACAUAAUCAUAAUUGUUAAAAUUAAUAAUUUACAAUAUUUUCAAAAAAUGUUAUAAGUGUAUUGAUCACACAGUCGGGGGGUAAGUCAUUAUAUUAUAUCCAAUACCUCAAGAUAUAUUAUAAUCACCUACACACCGGAAUACAAUUACAUUUAUUUUAUGAAGCUAAAAGAUGUUUAAUACGAUUUUUUAUGACAUGAAAUGAUAAAUAUUUCACAGUCACCUAAAUUUUUUGGAUUUGGAAUUUAAACUUUCAUUAUC